AUGAAAAAGUGUUCAGUUUCUAAACGCCAUUUCAACCGUGUAAUUAAAAAUCAAUUAAACAAUCUAGAAUGCUCUGCUCAAUCUGUUUUAAAUCAAACACAUUUUGUUGAAUCAAGUGUAGUAAAUUAUGUAGAAGUUGGAGCAAAUAUUAAUGCAUCAUCAUCUGAUAUUAUUUCAAAUAAUUCAGAAAUAUCUUCAUCCAUACCAUUAUUACAUAAUUAUAUAGACAAUGAAAAUGAUAAAUAUAUAAAUACUGACCAUUUACUUAUUGACUCUGUUGUUAAUAUUCAGAAUGAUAAAAUAUCUAUUUCGAAUUCAUCUUCAUCUAGCGAUGAAGAAACUUUUAGUAAUGUUUUGGCUAAUAAUAUUCAAAAAAGUUCUGAAAGUACUGAAAAUAUUUUUCAAGAGCUUCAUAAAUGGAGUAUUGAAUAUAAAAUUAAUCAUAAUGCCCUGAAAAGUCUUUUAACUAUUCUGAGGAAAACACUCACAUUUAAAACUCUACCAAAGGAUCCUAGAACGUUUUUAAUGACACCAAAAAUUACAUUACUGCGAACUGUAACUCCAGGGUUGUAUAAUCAUUUUGGUAUCUUAAAUAGCUUAAACAAUAUAUUUAAAAAUGAAGUCUCUGUUCCUUCGAUAAUUAAGGUAUCUAUUAAUAUUGAUGGACUCCCUUUAAGUAAGUCUUCCAGUAGUCAGCUUUACCCUAUCUUGGGCAUUGUUAAAAAUUAUAAACCAUUAGAUAAUAUAGUUUUUCCGAUUGGUAUUUACCAUGGCAAUGAAAAGCCAUCUUGUUUUAACAAUUUUUUAGAAGAUUUUGUAACUGAAGCUAUUGGCUUAUACAACAAAGACAUAACUGUAUGUGGAAAAAAAACACGUUUCGAAAUACAAAUGUUAUUAUUUGAUGCAGUUGCAAAAGCAAGUGUGUUGCAGAUUAAAGGUCAUUCAGGUUACUCUUCAUGCUCAAAGUGUACUGCUGAAGGAGAAUAUUUAAAUGGUAGAAUGUGUUUUCCUGAUAUCACUUUUAUAGAAAGGACUGAUAAUGAUUUUAAAAAUCAAACUGAUGAAAAUCACCAUGUUGGACAAACUAUUCUUACUAGAAUUCCUGGUUUAAAUUUAGUAUCGGAUGUUCCUUUAGAUUACAUGCAUCUUAUUUUGCUAGGAGUUAUGAAAAAACUGUUAGUUGGAACCUGGAUUUUUGGAAAACCUCCUCAUAAAUUACCUUCACGAAUAAUUGAUGAAAUGUCUACACAAUUAAUAUCAUUGAAAUCAUAUAUUCCGUGUGAAUUUUCUAAAAAGCCCAGAUCAUUAAAGGAAGCAAAACGCUUCAAAGCGACAGAAUUUAGACUAUUUCUUUUAUAUUUGGGACCAAUAGUGCUUAAAGGUAUAUUAGAUUCAACUAAAUAUGACCACUUCAUUACACUUCAUUAUGCUAUUUCUAUUUUAGUAAGUAACAAAGCAUUUGAAUGUCAAUAUGUAGAUUAUGCAGAACAGUUAUUAAAACAUUUUGUUGUUAGUUGUCGUUUAAUUUAUAAUGAAGAGUUUAUGAUACACAAUAUCCAUAAUCUUUUACAUAUAAGUAAUGAUGUCAGAAAAUAUGGGCCAUUGGAUGUGUUUAGUAAUUUUCCUUUUGAAAAUUUUCUGGGGCAGUUGAAAAAACUAGUAAGAAAGUCUUCUGAUGUACUACCACAAAUAGUACGCAGAUUAUCUGAAAUACAACAUUUAUCAUAUGAAAAUUUUAAUAAAAAUAAUACACACAUUUUAACGACAUCUGAAUUUGAACUAUUAAAAAUAAAACAAACCAAUAACAUUUUGGCUGAACACUGUUUUGGUCCCCAGUUUGAAGAGUUGAUAUUUCCUAUGUACAAAUUGACACUAGCAAUUAAUAAUCGUUGUUGCAAAUUGAAAUGCAAUACAAUCAUUGAAAUCUUCAGUUUUGGUUAUGAAUCUCAAUCUAAAUUACCUAUUGUUAUCGGAAAAAAAUAUCUAAAUGUCAUAGACUUUUUUAAAAAACCAAAUCAUUCAUCUUUAAUUGGAAUACAUUUUGUGUCUGAAUUGAACCAAUAUGAUGAAUUCUGGCAUAUUACUGAGAUUUUAACUAAAUUAGUUAGAUUGCCAUUAAAUAAUAAAGGAUAUGUAGUAUUCCCUUUACUGCAUAUCUAA